GACGAAUUGCACCGAGCAGUCAAAUUUUUAAAUCAACAGUCGCAAUCAUUUUUCUGAGAACCAUGCUUCACUUCCACUCCUCUACCUCUGCCCUUCUUUUCCUCCUCUCCGCCGUCGUGGCGACGUCCGCCUUGACGAUCGUUAUUCCUCCUUCAAAUCUUCUUCCCAACCCCAAUGCUCUCCCCUCCGAUACGCACGCAACUCUAUCGUCCAUCCCACCGUCAACGCGAUCCAAGAAUGGCCAUGUCUCUCCUCAUUCAUUGACCGCCCCGCUGACGCGCUCCGCAACCUUCAUCUUCCAGGACCUGGACUCCACGGGGAAGCCCGAGUCUUACCUACUUGAUGUCCGAUCCGCAGAAUACGUGUUCACGCCCUACCGGGUUGAUGUCGCUGCAGACGGCACGGUGCUGGGCGUUUGGGAGACGUUUCGUGGGAACCCAUGGGAGAACCGUGGCGCGGAGAGAUAUGUCCUCGAUGCUGCUUCUGUGGAUGCCGCCAAGUUGUCCGAAGUGGCAGUAGAAGCUAAGGUUCUAGCUAGGAGAGGCUUCUACGAGGAGAGACCUAAAUUCUCCCCUCUUGCUUUGUUCAAGAACCCUAUGAUUUUGCUCGCCCUAGUAGCUUUAGGCUUUACUUUCGGAAUGCCGAAGUUGAUGGAGAAUAUGGAUCCCGAAAUGCGUGCCGAGUUCGAAAAGCACUCUCGGGCGUCUCCUAUCUCCGGUGCAACUCGGAGUGCUAUGACCGGUGGCAGUGCGCCGGGCAACUUUGAUUUCGCAGGAUGGAUGGCUGGCGCCCAUCCAAGGCCAGCUGGCCCAGAGCCUGCUGCCCUCCAGGGGGUAGCGACUGGUAGAGAAGGUGGAAACGUACGAAGACGAGGAUAAGCGAAAGUUCUCGUUUGAGCAAUAAAUAGAAAUCCGGAUCAAUCUCUGGCAUUAAUCAUAUCCUACUUGGAGCCAAUCAAAACAUAAUAAACAAGUCUAGAAGCAAUUGUGAAUCCCUGCCAUAAGUCCCAGAAGGCAUAAUAAACGACGCAUGCAGCCAUCA